AUGGCAAACAAUAGCAACUGGAGGUCCAUGUGGACAUUAUGGGCAAUCGUGUUUCAGUUGGUUGGAUUCAUCAACGCGGCGCCUUGUAAUUUUGACUACCCUAAAGGGUUGCUAAGCAAAAGUGCUGUGACCAGUUGUCACAUGGACAUCCAAAAUAUUGCAUCGACACUUGUGGUGUGUCCACAAGAAGUUAACGGCACUGAGUAUGUAUGGCAUCCUCAGCCGAAUGCGGACGAACAAGGUCAUCUCAAAACGUACGUGAGUGGUGAUGGCUCGUUUAGUUCCGUUCCUCUUUCAACGGUCGUGCGAUCCGAAUCUAAGAACAAGCUCUUCUGGAUGGAAACCACUCGCUCUCAAAGAACGCUGCACUUAAACCUGCCGAGAGAAGAAUUGUUUGUAGUUACUGAAAACCGUUUCAUGUUCAUCUGCGCUCCGAGAGAUUUCGUUCUGACCGAGAAGUUGCAGCGCCACCUUGAGCACCUCUAUGACAAGGGUCAAAGGCAGAAACUUCCCUGGAAAACAUCUAUACCAUUGAAUCCGGAAGUUGACGGUUUAGAUAAAGGGUUGGGUGUAUUGAUGGUGUACAGAGGUCGCCAACACCAACCCCUUCAGGGCUGCGGUAGCCGUCCUUCCCCACUGUUUGCUGAGGGUAAUGAAGUAACAGUGGACCGCAUCACUGGCACCACUUCAUGCGUGGUAGACCCUAUGUCUCAAUCGCCUAUUGGUUUCGUUUGCGAAGGUAAAGUGGAACCUGAAAAUUGCAUGAGGACCCUCUUGGGCAAAACUGGCGAAGUUUUCAACGCUCCGCGCCCUCGUCGUUAUUGGAAGUUCGAAAACCACAAACCGUGGACUUUAGUGCGGUAUUUCAAUGACUUGGCACUGCCGCAGUUCGAUGGCGAAUGCAGGUGCAUAGAUCCCGAAACAGGUGCAGUAAAGGCCAAGAUAGAGGUACGUCGGAAAACCGAACACGUCUGUGACAUUGCUAGCGUUAUCAACAACAAAUGGUCUGAUCAUAUCAGUGGCCCUUUGUGCACGGUGGUACUUCACCCAGGCAGCACCUUGACCAUAAAAAUCCCAACCGAGGAUAUGGACAUGGAAACCGACAUGGAUAUUGACUCGGAUACUCCACCUGUCGAACUAAUGCAAAAGCGGCCUAAAUAUUCAUUCAAAAAUGAAAUACUGCCGAGCGACAUGAAUAUGCUGAGACAACUUAACACGCCAUAUGGAGUUUAUGUGUAUGAUGAAGUCCUGUACCACAAAGCUCUUGUUGGCGAUGCUCUUGAAUUGGAUACUUCCCUGAUUGACAAAGGGGAGAUUAAGCUGAAGUACCAUCUAGGAAAGUCACUCGCGUUACGAAGCGGGCAAAACUCGUUCUUUUAUGAGCAUACCUUUAAAACUGGAAACAAGUACGUUCCAUCCAGAAUCCGCUCCGUAGUCAAUGUUUCGUUCGCGUUCACUCACGAUUACGAAACAGUUGGUUGCGAUCGAGGCUCCGACAGUGCGUUCAACACAGAUGUCAGCAGCAAUUAUUGUUUAACCAGAACUAUGGGAAAUGGAAUAGGGGAUACCUAUGAAUGCAUCUACCAUAACAAGAUGAAUGAAAAAAGAGCCGGCAUUAACUGUGGUCCCGAUGAGGAGUUGUUGCCAGCUAACUGUGAGUCUCUAGGUUAUGACCUCUCCUCCAAUAAAGUGACGGCAUUCCCAGCCUCUAUUCGUAAUGUGACUCCAUAUCCCGUUCGUGGAUUUCAGGUGUUUGAAACGGCAUUGGGAGACAUCCCUGUAAGCCACGCCUGCAUCUGUGUCGACAAACGUGGCUAUGAAAAGUCCAGGCUUGUUAUAGAGAACGACCACCGAGAGCAACAUAAUUAUGGAAUUAAUCGUGAAACUGCUAUUCACACAAUGCUUCCACACAGCUGGAUGCCUUUAAGUGAGUUCAAAUUGAAUAUCGAGGAGCCGUCAUUAGCGUUCUAUAAGAUGCACCAUCUAUACUCUCAAUCCAUUACGCUAAAGGUGGGAAUGGAGUUCACCCUGCGCUGUGCACUUCAACCUGACAUACUAUACGAUGCGGACACCACGGUAAUGCAACCAGUAUGGUUGCCAUAUUCGCGUGAACAGGAUCACUAUAUAUCCGAACCUACAGUGGAUGGGACGAGGCUGAUUCGUGUGGCACACAACGAGACAAUCGCUACUUCGCAGGAUGGGCUUUACAUUGGUUACAACGACGUCGUUCACACAGUGGGAUAUAAAACGCUGGUUCUUAUAUCGCGCCAAGGCGCCAUCAUUGUAUCUAAGGACGCAAACAACAGGGAAUAUGUGCCGAUGACAUUCGUAUGUGGUAAGGCGCCCAUAUUGUCGGAUUUUUCCACCAAUAGUCGCUCAUAUGCACUGGCGAAAUCAUUUGCGCGAUUUACGUGGAACUUGGUGCAAGUCAACGUCGAGACCACUGACCCGUACAUGCAAGGCUGCGGAGUCACCUACGAAUCAGAUGAGUUGUUCAAGCCUGAGACACCCAAAGUAUACGAUGAGGAAGGACGAGAAAUCGGUUGCAAGGUAGACCUUCAGGCUGCGGGAGGGGCAGCGUUCUACUGCCCAGCGCCAUACGUCAUGGACCCUCCCGGUUGCUUCAACCAAGUCUCCGUGAACGGUGAAGUGAAGGAUCUGAGCGACAUCAGCGCCACUUUGCUAGCGUCACGUUCCAGCCAUUUUGUCACUCUGAAUUCAUUCAGUGCACUCAUGGAACCCGGGGAGACACUGCGCCACACGCCGCUACUUGAAUGCCGCUGCGUCACCACCAAGGGUGUCGUUCUCUCUACCAUCCAGAUAGAGAACUAUUAG